GGAGGAUGGCGUACACAGAAGAAGAAGAGCUUAUCAUAUAUAUACAUCCGGAAACCAGCAGCCAAGACACCUCCCCGGUCGAGCCUCCUCCUCCUCCUCGUCAGCGCCGUAAUCAAACCUAAUGCAAACGGCGGAGGCGUGGUCGCCCAUCCCGCUCCCCAGGCCUCCGCCCCACCGCAAGCACCUCGACCCCUCCGGCUCCUUCCCCACCCUCGCCCACCUCCGCAUGCGCCACGCCCGCGCCAUCCGCACCCACGUCCACCAGCCUUCCUUCUGGAACGCGUUGGCUCGAUCCUACGCGUCCCACGGCGCCGCCCACCACCUCGCCCUCGGCGUCUGCCUCCACAUGCCCCUCAGAGAUGCCCACACCUUCCCCCUCGCCUUCAAGCUCUGCUCCCUCCUCUCCGCCUUCGCUGAAGCUGUCUCCCUCCACGCCCACCUCGUCAAACUCGGACUCGCCGCCACGAGCGUCCACUCCCUCAACGCUCUCGUCACUCUCUAUUCCAACUUCGGCCACCUCGACCUCGCGCGGCAGCUGUUCGAUCGAAUUCCCCGCCGAACCGUCUCUUCGUGGUCGGCCAUGGUCGCGGGCUACGAUCGCAACGCCCAGCCCCGCGAGGCGCUGUUCACGUUCCUCGGGAUGUCGGAGGCCGGCGUAAGUCCCGAUGAGGCGGCUCUGGUCAGCACCCUCGCUGCCUGCACUCACGGCGGGUGCUUGGAGUUCGGGAAGGCAAUUCAUGCCUGUGCGACCGUGUACGGCCUCGGGCUCGAGUCCGUUGGUUUUGCCACUGCGCUCGUCGACCUGUACGCCAAGUGCGGGGAGGUAGACUCCGCAAUGGAAGUCUUCGAGAGGAUGGCGCAGAGGAACGUGCUCAGCUGGAGCGCCAUGAUUGGCGGCCUCGCAAUGCACGGCCGAGCACCGGAGGCCAUCAAGCUUUUCGACGAGAUGGUGGAGGCCGGCGUCAGGCCCACGUCGGUGACGAUGACCAACGUGCUCAGCGCCUGCAGCCAUGUUGGACUGGUGGACCAAGGCCUCAGGUUGUUCAAGCUGAUGAAGGAAGAGUACGGGAUGGAGCCGAGGGUCGAGCACUGCGGCUGCGUGAUGGACCUCCUGGGCCGAGCCGGGCUGUUCCACGAAGCGCGGGAGUUCAUCAGCACGAUGCCCACGCCGGCGACGGCGGCGAUCUGGAGGAGCCUCCUGGGCGCGGCUUGCACGCACGGGGACCUGGAGGCGGGAAGACUGGCGGGGGAACGGCUGGCGGCAACGGGGGAGCAGAUGGUGGCCGGGGACUACGUCAUGUUGGCCAACCUCUACGCGAGGUUCGGCCUCUGGGAGGAGGUGGGGAGGGUGAGGACGGAGAUGAACGAUGUGGGAGUGAGGAAGGUGGCCGGGUUCAGCUCGGUGGAGGUCGAUGGCGAGCUUCAUAGGUUUGUCAUGGCCGACAGAUCGCACGGCGAAGCCAAACGCAUCCAUGAAGUGUUACGCCUCCUCAACUCCGAACUGAUGGAUCAUGAAUCCUCAUCAUUUCACUGAGAGACGGCUGUGCUCGUUGCGAUUUAAAGGUCCGUUUGAGUUGGAUUAUAUACCAUGAGCGGAUUCAGUAGAUUGAAUCCGACAACAAACGAUUACGAGUUUGAAUCCUUUAAGAGGAACUCGGAUCGGAUCUCGUAUUGACAAGAACCUGAAAUCGAUACAUUCAAACAUUGCAA